AUGGCGCCGCAAGCCGAAUCCAUACAGAAUACCGAACUGGCAGAAGAAAUCGAGGCCAUCAAUGCCAUCUACGAACCCGACACCAUCACAAUCCACAGCACAGCCACGUCAACAUCAACAGCGACGACAACCAAUUCCACGCUCGACCUGGGUGGCUCCGCCACCAGCCACUCGCUAAACACAACGAUCAGACUCCAGAUCCCCGACCACCCGCAUUUAUCCUUCCUCAUCGGCUUCGACGCAUCCUACCCGGAUACCCCGCUCAAGAUCCUGGGUACGGCAUCGACCGGCGCACGCGGCGAGGGCAAGAUUGCCGUGGACGUGCUAGAGGAUAUCGCAGGGAGGAUCUACCAGCCGGGCGCGGUCUGCUUGUUCGACCUCAUCAACGAGGCAGUGGAAGCAUUCCAGGAGCUGAGUCUGGGAGGCAGCAGUAGCAACAACCAGGAGGCUGAGAGGAAGGAGACGGGCGCGGAGAGUGCUGCACCCACGCUCGAACCGGAAGACUUCGCGGCCCUCUCGCUACAGGACGCGUUCGGCAUCGACAGUGCUCCGGACUGGACACUCUCUGAUGUGGUGACGGAGAAGAAAUCGGUGUUUGUGGGGCGUGCGGUGCGGGUGACCAGCUCGGAGCAGGCGCAGGGGUAUCUGGACCAUCUGCUUGCAACGGAGAAGAAGGUUGCCGCUGCGACGCAUAAUAUCAGCGCGUGGCGGAUUCGGCAGCAGCGGGCGUCGGCUGGGAAGGGCGAGUCCGCGGAGAUGAUUGUGCAGGAUUGCGAUGAUGAUGGGGAGACGGCGGCCGGCGGCCGACUGCUUCAUCUCAUGCAGUUGAUGGAUGUGUGGGAUGUGAUUGUAGUCGUGACGCGAUGGUACGGUGGGAUCCUCCUGGGGCCGGAUCGGUUUCGCAUCAUCAAUGCCGUUGGUCGGGAUGCGUUGAUCAAGGGUGGUUUUGUGAAGGAUACUCCGGCGACUGCUGAGAAGGGUCGGAGGAAGGGGAAGAAAUGA